AUGUCUAUUCAUGCCUAUUUAUACGUAGAUUUCCAUUCGUGCCUAUUGACACAUGUCUAUUCAUGCCUAUCUAUAGGUAGAUUCCCAUUCGUGCCUAUUGACACAUGUCUAUUCAUGCCUAUCUAUAGAUUCCCAUUCGUGCCUAUUGACACAUGUCUAUUCAUGCCUAUCUAUAGAUUCCCAUUCGUGCCUAUUGACAGAUGUCUAUUCAUGCCUAUCUAUAGAUUUCCAUUCGUGCCUAUUGACACAUGUCUAUUCAUGCCUAUCUAUAGAUUCCCAUUCGUGCCUAUUGACACAUGUCUAUUCAUGCCUAUCUAUAGAUUCCCAUUCGUGCCUAUUGACACAUGUCUAUUCAUGCCUAUCUAUAGAUUCCCAUUCGUGCCAAUUGACACAUGUCUAUUCAUGCCUAUCUAUAGAUUCCCAUUCGUGCCUAUUGACAGAUGUCUAUUCAUGCCUAUCUAUAGAUUUCCAUUCGUGCCUAUUGACAGAUGUCUAUUCAUGCCUAUCUAUAGAUUCCCAUUCGUGCCUAUUGACACAUGUCUAUUCAUGCCUAUCUAUAGAUUCCCAUUCGUGCCUAUUGACACAUGUCUAUUCAUGCCUAUCUAUAGAUUCCCAUUCGUGCCUAUUGACAGAUGUCUAUUCAUGCCUAUCUAUAGUCUAGAUUCCCAUUCGUGCCUAUUUACACAUGUCUAUUCAUGCCUAUCUAUAGGUAGAUUUCCAUUCGUGCCUAUUGACAGAUGUCUAUUCAUGCCUAUCUAUAGAUUCCCAUUCGUGCCUAUUGACAGAUGUCUAUUCAUGCCUAUCUAUAGAUUUCCAUUCGUGCCUAUUGACACAUGUCUAUUCAUGCCUAUCUAUAGAUUUCCAUUCGUGCCUAUUGACACAUGUCUAUUCAUGCCUAUCUAUAAUUUCCAUUCGUGCCUAUUGACAGAUGUCUAUUCAUGCCUAUCUAUAGUUAGAUUCCCAUUCGUGCCUAUUGACACAUGUCUAUUCAUGCCUAUCUAUAAUUCCCAUUCGUGCCUAUUGACAGAUGUCUAUUCAUGCCUAUCUAUAGGUAGAUUCCCAUUCGUGCCUAUUGACAGAUGUCUAUUCAUGCCUAUCUAUAGAUUCCCAUUCGUGCCAAUUGACACAUGUCUAUUCAUGCCUAUCUAUAGAUUCCCAUUCGUGCCUAUUGACACAUGUCUAUUCAUGCCUAUCUAUAACAGAUUCCCAUUCGUUCCUAUUGACACAUGUCUAUUCAUGCCUAUCUAUACACUAAAUAAUGAUAUAUGUCUAUCCAUGCUUAUCUAUCAGUAUAUUCAUACUUAUCUAUUGAUAUCUGACUAUCAAUGCCUAUGUAUUGAUAUCUGUUUAUCAAUGCCUAUCUAUUCAUAUCUCUCUCUUUAA